AUGGACAAUGAUUACGGUGGAAUCAGCCAUUUAAGCUUCCUUGAUAUGACAAAAGACAGCAGCACCAAUGCUGGGGCCAGCGCUGGAAGCGCUUCCGCAGCAAGCAACGUGGCGUUCUCUCCACAAUUGGGCGCGGCGGGUCAGGACGAGGACGAUGAAGAUGAAGAGAGCGAGCUUGACGUGGGCCGCGAAGAUUUCGCGGAGCAUGCUCCUUUUGGAGGCGACAUACCGCGAUUGAGUGUUUCCAUGACCCCUUGGCGCAGAAAAUCGUUGCCCCGACAGUCGAGUGCCUUGUCGUUUGAUCAUAGCAUGCCAGACUCCAGACAGGUCUCUGAAGCUGCAGGCGUGGCAAUGGACUCGGCGUCGCCUGUCAACUCUCGGCCGCGCACAGGAAGCUCACUUUUCUCAGAAGACUAUCUCUCAAGUGCGCCCACAGCCAUCGUGUCUGCUUCUGGGAAUAACGAGGUUGAACAUCUACAGAAGCAGCUCACGGCAUGCAGGUUGCGCCUCAGGAUCUUGACAGAACUUUUGAAAGAGCGCGAUCCGGUCGCUUCCGAAACAGGUUCGCGGACUCAAAUUUACGAAAAGCUAAUCAACACCCUGCCAAAGCCAGAAACAACGAGCGAAACCUCCAAGGAACUUACUAACCUCCGGCGUAACCUGGAAGAUAAGAACAAAGAGCUAAUCGAGCUCAAGCAAGAACUUAUCUCAACUAAGAACGAAUACAAUACAGUUCUGGACGAUGUAAACUCUUACAUUGAGCACUCUGAUGUAAUUGCUGGCAAUAUAGAUGAACUUCUGGUAUUGUUUUUGGAGAACUUGACACUUUCUGUCGAGGAAAUCGACGCGCUAGAGAAAGCCCGCGGAAUAUCAAACAACUUCAUCGACGUCAAAAUGAAUGCUCUCAGGUCUACGUUGAUAAAGUUUUUGAGGGCCGGUGAGCCUUCGCCAGACGUUAAGCCCAUCAAGGAUGCUGAUGAAGAUGCAAGUACCACCUUCUCUGAGAAGUCUCAGUAUCUAUCUCAGACAUUAGAUACGCGGUUAGAGGGUGCCAUUGAGAGUAUGCACGAGGAAUACCUUGCAUUCCUCGAAAGUAUAGAGGAGAAGAUGGCUAAGUCUGCCUCCAUAGAGCAGGAUCUUGGUGUUCUCUUGGAGAAGCAAAACACCCUGAUUUCCCAAUUUGGGGACGCUUUGUGCGACCGUGAGGCUGCAGCAGAAAAUCAACUCGCUGCAUUGCGCAUAGAGGGUCAAGGCUCAAUGGAAAAGCUGGCCAACAAUGUCAAAUUGGUGGAAAGAUUUGGUGAGAGGGAUAUACACGCCAAACAGGAUGGAGCCUGCUCCGAUUUUGAUGUGACUGGAGGAAGUGUCAAUGGCCUGACGAAAACCGACCUGAAAGAUUUGAGCUCUGAUUCUCUUCAAAAGAAAGUGCUGUUACCAACACAGAGAUCCCGAGAUGAUUUGAAGCGGAUGCACCAGCAGGAGCAAGAAGAAUGGAUAACGGAAAAACAAGACAUCACGAAUCAAUUGUGGGCAGCAAGAGGUGAGGUGGAGGAACUAAAAGGAACUGUCCAGAGCCUACAAACUAUGGUUUCAUCACAACAGGCUGACUCUGAUAGCAUAAUAGAAAACCUCGAAAAGACAAUAAAGCGGGCCGUGCGGAAGUCUGGACUCUAUAUCAACGAAAACCGCAAUCUGCAGGAGCAUAUUACCGUCAUUGAAUCGGAGCUUAAGGAGGCAAUAGAACAAAAUAGAGAGCUAGAGAGAAGUACCAACCGUUAUGGUAAGGAGUUUGCAGAAUUGCAGCAAGAAUUUCAAAAAUUACGGAAUCACUUGUUGCUACACUUGAAUAAAGUCUUUGAUGUAUUUGAUAAAAUUCUACAGAAGCACUCGAUCGAUCAAGCAAGAAAUAAAUUAAGAACUCUGGAGGGUCUCAGUCCAUAUGACAAUUACCGAGCGACCCACGCCAAGCUAGAAUCGCUAUACGUAUUCAUUGAAACCGCUAUCAAUUCAGUGGUGGGCGAACACACCAAGGUAAUUCUAAAGCUAAAGGAGAGACCAUUGAUGACUGAUUCAAGUCAGGGCCAUGAUUCUCAGAGUUCUCAAAUUCGCAUCGAGCUUUUAGAGAGGAAAUGGGUUGCCGAGCGAGAACGAAGAAAAUUAGACGCCGAUGCGGCUGAACACCGAAUAUCGCAGUUAGAAGAAGAAAACAAGAUGCUUCGACAGCGGCUCCGCGAAAGCCUUCACAGUCGUGUUUGA